CGUUACUUGAAACGUAUAUCGCGAAGAAGAUCUUAUACGAUAACAGUUGAGCUGAACGAUUUAAUGCCCAGUUUCAUCCGUACUUAUAUAUCGAGGAGUAAAAAAGUUACGAGCCUGAAGGUCUGUAGACAGGUUUCAAGAACACUGUUGAAGACUGAAUAGCAAGGAUAUUUGUCAAUGGAAACACAAGGCGGUGUAGCAACGCAAAACAGUUCAAACUGUUCCACCGGUGCUCCGUGUACCGGACAUGAAUUCGAAGAGGACAUAUCGACUGGUUUCAACGCCCAGAGCGACUCCUUCCCCAUCGCCAUUGCCAUUCCAAUCAUUGCAGUGAACUGCUGGGUGAUCUCUUUGGUAUGUCUGAAGAGAAGUUUGCGAACGGUGACCAACUACAUCCUGACAAGUCUGGCCUUGUCCGACCUAUGCACGGGGGCCAUUUCCAUCCCUUUAUUCCUUAGUUGCAACAUUAUCCAAGAGACUAAAAUUUGCGUAGCAGCCGAUAUGUUCAUGAGAUUCACUUCAACCUCCACGGUCCUCCACAUUCUAGCCAUGACAACGGAUAGGUACAUCUGUAUAGUUUAUGCCUUGCGCUAUAUGAGUUGGGUGACCAAGAAACGCGUCCUUUAUUUCAUUGCAGUCAUCUGGGCCAUUUCCCUGUUCGUAAUGCUCGUCCAACUCGAGUGGUACGAUAUGAACGAAGGCGUUAUGGAAGAAUUCUCUCCAGAAAACAAGAAAAAGAUCAUCAUCGUCGACAGCAUUUGUUUCUUCGCCUUCGUUGGUCUUCCAGUGGUUGUUAUGGCGUACACGUAUGGCCGCAUCUUGUAUGAAGUUCACAGACAGAGCAGGAACAUCCAGAGGCACAACACACCUGGAUGGCAGGAGACUAAACGAAGUACAAGGCAAGAAUGGAAGGUGGCCUCCGUCUUCAUGGUAAUGCUUCUCGUAUUUGUUGUCUGCUGGGGGCCGUUUUUUCUCCUCCGACUCGAGCUUGUAUUAGGCAGCAAUUUCUUUGAGGUCACUUUCAGCCCUUUUGCCCAGAUUCUAAUGCUUUGGCUAAGGUUCGUCUCAUCUUUGAUCAAUCCGUGUUUGUACAUUCUUGGAAAGCCUGAUUUUCGUAAGGCUUCGGGUCUUUCGAGGAAAAAGAGGAAUCGUUUUAACGAUUCAGAAACAACCCGUUUAACUCAAUCAAAGGGUUCAACGUUUGUUUAAUUUGAGACACAGCGGCGGAUUAUGACUUGCAACAGGAUGAUUUCCUGAAAGGGACAAAGUUCCAACCACAGCCUUCACUCGAUAAAGGAGCUUUUUGAACAAUGUGUAUAAAGAAAGAUUAUCCGGGAAACAAACACAUCAAAUUUUUCAAAUCUGUAAAUAUUCCUUCACAGACCUAUAUUCAUACCGACUAGCCUGGUUCUAAAACAGCAAAUGAAGAUAGAAAAAAAAUGAACUGUUUAAAACAGGUGCAAAUGAGCACCGAAAACGUUUGUCUGCAAAAUCAUCAUCAAUAACACUAGUUAAUACAAAACAUUUGAUAUCCAAUAAAUCUUGAUCUCUCUACUAAACCUGGCCAGAGAGCAAAAUCAGAAAAUCCGAACAAAUUGACAUAAACAUAAGGUGUAUAUCAAAGCUUAAUAAA